CAUCAAUUUCUACCCAAAUCAUGGUUUCUCUUUGCCUACGUAAAACAUUUUCUUCUAUAAAAUAUCUUUCUUUCACCAACACAUACCAAUAACAACCUCUUUCUUUUGCAUUCUCAACUAUCACCUAUAAAUAUAUCUUACCUUCCUAGUUACUCUCACCCUUCCAUCAUAGUUCUUUGUAUCAUCUCCUUUUCUUUCUUCUCAUUCUCAUCUUUUCGUGUUUCAGAGGUUGUAUAGAAACAAAGGAUCUGAGUUGAUCCUCUGUGUCUGUCCAACCUCUCUCUAUUUCUUUGAUCUCGGAUUUUUCUGCUAGAUCUUCUCAAUUCGAUCCAUCGUAUUUGUCCAACCAAAACAAUGGUUUCUGAGACGAAGAACCAAUCGAAGAACGUGUGUGUGAUUGGAGCCGGACCAUCAGGCAUAGUAGCGGCAAGAGAGUUAAGAAAAGAAGGCCACAAAGUAAUAGUCUUGGAACAAAACCAUGACAUUGGAGGACAAUGGUUAUACGACGAACAAAAUGUCGAAGGAGAGGAUCCGUUAGGAAGAAACCCUUUUCUAAAACUUCAUAGCAGUGUCUACAGCUCUUUAAGAGUAGCAUCUCCAAGGGAAGUGAUGGGAUACACAGACUUUCCAUUUUUGAUCAAGAAAGAUAGAGACAUGAGGAGGUUUCCUAGCCAUGUUGAAGUGCUUAGGUAUCUUAAGGAUUUUUGUGAGUGGUUUGGGUUGAGAGAGAUGAUAAAGUUCAACACAAGGGUUGAACAUGUUGGGAUGUUGGAUGAUAAUGGUGGUUGUAGAAAUGAUUCAAAAUGGAUUGUUAGAAGCAAAGAGAAGAAUAGUGAUAAGGCUGUGGAAGAAGUUUUUGAUGCAGUGGUUGUUGCCACUGGUCAUUACUCUCAACCAAAAUUGCCAUCCAUUAAAGGAAUGGAUACAUGGAAAAGAAAACAAAUGCACAGUCACAUUUACAGGACUCCAGAACCAUUCCACAAUGAGGUUGUGGUGUUAGUUGGGAAUUCCUUUAGUGGACAAGAUAUAGCAAUAGAGCUAGUGGGAGUAGCAAAGGAAAUCCAUAUAAGUUCAAGAUCUCUUAAUACUAUAACAGAAGGGUUGUCUAAAAUCAUAUCCAAACAUGAUUCCUUACAUCUUCAUCCACAGAUUGAAACACUUGAAGAGGAUGGAAGGGUGAUUUUCAAGGAUGGUUCUUGGCUUAAAGCAGACACUAUUGUGUACUGUACAGGGUACUCCUAUAGCUUCCCUUUUCUUGACACCAAAGGAAUGGUGGUUGUUGAUGAUGACAGAGUAGGGCCUUUGUUUGAGCACACUUUUCCACCUUCUCUUGCUCCAUCUCUUUCAUUCAUAGGCAUCCCUAAAAAGAUCUUAGGAUUCCCUUUCUUUGAGUCCCAAGCAAUGUGGGUAGCUCAACUGCUUUCUGGCAAAAAAGCAUUACCAUCAUGGGAUGAAAUGAUGAAAUCCAUCAAAGAGUUAUACCAUUCAAAAGAAGUAGCAGGCAUUCCUACUCAUGAUAUUAGUGACUUUGAGUAUUGUGACAAAUAUGGAGAGAAUGUAGGACUUCCCCCAUUACAAGAAUGGAGAAAAACGUUGUGCAUUACAUCCAUUGUUAACUCUAUUGUCAACUUGGAGACAUUUAGAGAUUCUUGGGAUGAUGAUGAGUUGCUUCAAGAGGCACUUAAAAGUCCUCACUUCACUCAAUUUGGACUUGAAGAUUGAUUUUUUUCUCCGAAUCUAAGAUUUUAUGUAGAAAUAAAAUUUAAAUAAAAAGUUGAUUUAAAUAAAUUUGUAAAAGGUUUAUGCGUUUGUUCAAUUAUAUUUAUCUAUUGUAUGGUGUAGUGACUUUCCAACAUAAAUAAUAGUGUAUGGUGAGAUAAGGUUGAAUAUUUGUAUCAAACUCCAUGAUGGAGUAUUCAAAUCUUUCU